AUGGCAGAGAACUUGAUGUCCUUGUGUGGCUAUCUCCAGUAUCGGGCUGGCGGAACUCUGGGAAAGCUACGCGGAAGGAGGAAACACUGGUAUGUGUUUGAUGAAAGCAAGUGUCAGCUGCUGUAUUACAAGACAGAGUCUGUUGCCCUGACCCACCCUCCAUCUGGGUCUAUUGACAUAACCCACGCUGCCAUCUCCUUCAAGCUCGAUAACAAGAAUCAGUUUGUGCUCAACAUUGGCGGAAAGGAGCAUGUAUUUACAGCAGAGAGCCAUGAAAGCACCAUGCGAUGGGUCAAUGGACUCCAGUCCAAGCGAGAUGCGUACACUGGGAAGGUGAAGAAGAACACAGCACGUGAGGAGAGACAGAGGAAACGAUCCAGGCAGCGAUCCCUCACCAUGGUCAAUCACAUUGGAAGUCCUUCUAAGACCGGUCUAGCUGCAGUGUCGCUGGAGAGACGUCUUAGCCAGAGUCUUAGCCAGAGUCUGGACCUUCUUCCUCGACAGACAGGUGACUGGAAACCCUCCCGUCCUCCACACAGGUCCCAGAGCCUGAGAGAAGACAAGGUGCGUAUCCUACAGAAGAAGCUGGGAGAACCCUCCAGCCUCUCUCACCUGUUUGCUGACCUACAAAUAUGCGCAGACAAUGGACCAUUCAGAAACUUCCGACUGCCCCAGGACACUCCAGUGACGCCACCCCUGGCAAUCCAGAGGAAUUUCACAUUCCCCAUGGUAGCUGGGUCUCCUACGGAAUCAGGUAUGUCCUCUCCUGCCUCGUACCUACUGGAGGAGUCCAGUGAUGACACCAAGUCUGAGAGUGAAGAGAGCACCAAGAGACACAGUACCGGAUCCUAUGUUUAUGUGUUACUAGAUCAAACAGAUUCUCAGCCGUCCACUCCCAUCAAGACAAGGGUGCUGAGGAGGCUCAACUCAGAUGCAGAGCUGAAAAUAAAUGACCUCCUUCGCAGUGACGAAUAUCAACCCAGCCAUCUGAGGUCCUACUCGGAUUGCUCUACAGACGAGAAGGACAUUGGGGCAGUUGACAUCAACCAGAGACUACAGCAGCUACAGAAGGAGCUCAUGUCGACGAAAAAAGAGCUAGCGCGUGUCCUAAACCGUGAGAACAGCUACAAGGAGAUCCUGAACUGUCGAGACGAGCGCAUCAUGGAACUGGAGGAUCAGCUGGAGCUCCUACAGAGGAAAAAACUCACGGAAGAUGACAGUAUGUCCAGUGAGGAGACGGCCCAGCUGCAGAAGUACACAGCCCUGAUGCAGGAGAAGUGCCGCAUCCUGCAGGACCAGAACACUUUCCUUAACGGGGAGGUCCACAAACUGUCACGCCUACGGCAACAGGAACAGCUCAAGUCUCGCCAGCAGCAUGCGAAGAUCCGUAGUCUGGAAGCCCAGCUGGAUGAGUAUAAGAGGGACUACGUGUACCAGUUCAUGAAGAUCCGGAGUCUGGAAGCCCAGCUGGAUGAGUAUAAGAGGGACUACGUGUACCUGCUGCAGGGGUGCAUACAUCUGCCCCCUGAGGACCCGUUUGACUGUAUGGAGAUCAGGGCAUACGGAGGGGACAAGCACUAUGAAAGGUUGGAAGCCAUGUUAGAAGAAGCGAGAACCAUCAACCCAACACUACCAACAUUUGACAGGUCAGGCAAAGUUGCCACCCACACCGACAGUUAUGGUUUCAUCCACACCCUGCACAAUGAGGCUAUCCAGCUCCACUACAUCUGCAGGCAGCUCACACAACAUUACAGGUCACAAAUAAAGAGUUAUGAGAAGCACCAGACCCAGUGGACUGAUUAUCUCAAGGCACAUAGGCAGGACCUGCAGAAAACGAAAGAGUUGAAGGUGUUGGUGAGGGACGGUAUCCCUGACCAGUACCGCAGCGAGGUGUGGCAGAAGUUUGUCCACAUACAAACACAGGACAUCGAGGAACAAAAGGGCCCAGGGUAUUAUGAUGAUCUGGUGACAUUGUCAGAGCAAUCUGUGGGCAAGUAA